CAUGGUCAAAAAUAUUUUUAAAUUGUAGAUCAUGGUCGUUUAUCCCGGUUGCCAAAUUUUCAAAAUGAUCCGGUUUUUAGUUCUCCAUAAAGGUCUAAUACGCCAUCCACCGUGGGACACCCUGUAUAGUGCGUAAAAAAUGCGAACUACAACGGACCCAAGAUUUGUACAGGCCGUAUGCUAUAGGGUCCAGUUGAAAAGGGAUCAUCCCCAGUGCAUUGUUAAAGCUCGUAUCACGCCAGAACAUAAAUUUCUAAAACAAAGCUAUUUGGUUAGUGUGUGCAUUGCUGAAAAAUGCCAUAAAGUAAUUGAUGUGAAAUGUAAUGACUGCGAAGCGAGUGAAGCUACUAUUAGAGCAAAACUCAGUCCAUUGGCAACUGCUUCCGGACCAUCCCCACUGUUGUUUAGCAAACUUCCCUUCACCACAUGCUACCGCUCCUAUGAUCAAUGCAGAUCAUUUUCUCCAAUUUGCGAAAACAGUUUUAACUCACGAAAUAUGCAAAAAAAAAUUCAAAGAACUAAAACGCAGUCUGAAUGCCCAGAAUGGUUUGCUGCUCGAUUUGGCCGAAUAACAGCUUCAAAACUACACGCGGUUGCACACUGUCAUACAUAUUAUGAUGGAAUAACACUACAGUCAGUACUUGGUGCGCGCAAAUUUACCCGUAGCAAAGCCAUGAGACGGGGCUUAACAUUAGAAAAACAAGUGCUACAAGUACUUUGUGAAGAAAAGACGAUUUGUGCAAAAAGAUGUGGAUUCACCAUCAAACCAGAAGUGCCCAUAUUUGGUGCCUCACCUGACGCGAUAACGAAGCACCAUUGCAUUGAAAUCAAGUGCCCUUCAAGAGCUGAUACAACAUAA